AGAGAAAGAAAGAGAGAGACAAGCAGCUGGACCAGAGAGUACUAGAGAAGCAAGAGGAGAGAGAGAGAAGCGACUGCUGACUAUGUCGCGUUUCUUUGCUGCAGGGUCAUCAGACUCAGACUCUUCCAGCGCAUCAGACGAUGACUACUCAGACUCAGACCUCGCGUCCCGUCAAAGUGGCAGCAACAGCAAUAGCGAUGACAGCGACUCCGACAGUGACUCUGCCAGUGAUGCAAGUGACUCGGACGACUCCGAUGCACCCGCAAAGAAGGGAAACCGAUUCAUGGUCGGUGGGGACUCGGACGACAGUGACGAUGACUCGGACGAUGGCAAGAAAGUCGUCAAGUCUGCCAAGGAUAAACGUAUCGAGGAGGUCGAGAGCUGUGUGCAUCUCAUUGAGAAUGCGCAAAAGAUCAAUGACUGGGUCACCAUCUCUAGCGAGUUUGACAAGCUCAACAAGCUUGCAGAAAAGGCCAAAGCAGCUCAGCAGCUUCCCAAAAUCUACAUUGCCACCAUCACCCGGCUAGAGGAUGUUGCCAAUGAGGCCGUCAAGGCAGCCAAGACCAAGAAGAUGAAUCCAGCCAAUACGCGUGCUCUCAAUGGUUUGAAGCAGCGCAUCAAGAAGAACAACCGUCUCUAUGAAGCUGAAAUUGAACGAUACAAGGCAGACCCCGAUGCGUUGGAUGAGCCAGAGCCCGCGCCAGAACCUCAACAGCCAAAGGUCAAAAAGGACAAGUUUGCUGUAACUCCUACUGCUGCCGUCGCCGGCAAUGAUGAUGGGUUUGCCACCGUAGGCAAAGGUGGUAAAGUACUCGAAUACUCUGCAGAGAGCAUCUUCACCCACCUCCAAGCAGUCUUUGAAGCUCGUGGAAAGAAGAGCACUAACAGGGACGAGCAACUCUUUGUCCUUGCAAAGCUCAAGGAAGUUGCUGUCACACCCUACCAAAAGAUCAGAGUGUUGCUCGCGACCGUUGCAGCGCGAUUUGACUUCAGCUCUGGUUUGUCACAGUACAUGCCAACAGAGGCGUGGAAGCGUGCUCAAGCAGAAUUGCUUGAGCUGUUGAAAUUGCUUGAACAGGAGCGCUCCUACACUGUCCUCGAGGAUGCCGUGGAACAUGAUGACGAACAACCUGCGCCAGUUCCCACAGAUGAGCAACCCAUUGUCAAAAUCAAGGGCUCCAUCAUCUCUUACGUUGAUCGUCUUGACGAUGAACUCACCCGCGCUCUGCAAAACAUCGACCCGCACUCACAAGACUACGUCGACCGUCUACGCGACGAGGCGUUGUUGUACGCUACAAUUGUUCGUGCACAGAUCUAUGUCGAGUGGAAUGGCGAAAAGGAUAUUUCACGAUUGAUUAUGCGUCGUAUGGAGCACUUGUACUACAAGCAACAAGUACUCGUCACUGCAUUCGAGGAUCAGGCGUAUGCUGAUCUCUCAAAGGAUCUCGCAUCCAAAAUCACCCCGCGCGAGGAGAACUUUCCCCUCAUCCAAAAGCUGGCCAACUACCUCUACAAGAAUGGCACUGGCUUGUUGCGUACACGCGCCAUGUUGUGUCACAUCUACAACCUCGCACUCGAAGACCGUUACUAUGAAGCACGCGACAUGUUGCUCAUGUCUCACUUGCAAGACUCCAUCCACGCUGCAGACAUUCAAACACAGAUCCUCCACAAUCGUACCAUGGUCCAGUUGGGCUUGUCUGCUUUCCGUUCCGGAUUGGUAGUGGAAGCACAGCAAGCACUCUCUGAGAUUUGCGGUGGCAACAGGGUCAAGGAGCUGCUCGCUCAGGGUCCCUCCAAGAAUGUACGGGAUCCUGAACAAGAACGUCAAGACAAGGCACGACAGCUUCCAUUCCACUUGCAUUUGAACCUCGAGCUGUCCGAGUUUGUUUACUUGACUUGUUCUAUGCUGAUGGAGGUACCUGAGAUGGCACGCGGCUCAAAGCGUAUUAUUAGCAGACAAUUCAGACGUACCCUCGACUUUGCCGACCGGCAAAUCUUUUCCGGGCCACCGGAGAAUACGCGUGAUUUCAUCAUGCAAGCGAGUAAGCGUUUGUCUGCGGGUGACUGGCACGGUGCCUAUGACUUGCUGUCACAAAUCAAAAUCAUUGAUUUGAUGCCACAGCCUGAUUCGAUUCGUGCUAUGCUGAAGCAAAAAGUCAAGGAAGAAGGUCUUCGGACGUACUUAUUCAGCUAUGCACCCUUUUAUGAGUCUGUUAAGCUCGCUCAGCUUGCGUCAUUGUUUGACUUGUCUGCGGAAGAGACACGCAUGACAGUGUCACGCUUGAUCGCACAGGAUGAACUGACGGCGACCUUGGCAGCAGAUGAUGAGAGUUUGACGUUCUUUAGGCAGGAUCAGACGAGGUUGCAGGUGCAAGCUGUGCAACUCGCUGAAAAGGCACAGAGGCUUGUUGAACAGAAUGAACAGGCGUUGGAUAUCAAGCAGCCUAAGGGUGAAGGCCAGCAUGAAGGUGGCAGGCAGACGGGUGGUGGUGGUGGUGAGCACCGCAGGAGGCAGCAAGGCGGUGGCGGUGGCUUCCAAGGUGACCGCAAAGGUGCCCGCGGUGGCAGGCGGCAAGACUUUGGCAGUCGUCUUGCACAAAAGAUUCGAGCAUAGAUCCCCCUUGACUCUGAAGAAAUCAAGCAUAUUUGUGACUUGCUUUCUCGCUGACG